UGCAGUGAGCAGUGAACACUGCGUAGGGACCCUGCGGAAUGGAACGCACCUAAAGUGUACACUGCACCUGUGUUCUAUGUCCUCAAGUAUAGUUGAGUCCACAUGGUGGUGCUUACAGACCGUUUGAGAACGCUCGAAGCGCUACCCUCGUUCUGCCAGAGAGAAGCUUCCUGAGUAAACCCAGAGCAGAGGGUUUGGUCAAAGUGUGUGUGUGUUAUUAUGCAGGAUGUGGUAAGCGCGAGAGAGGUGGUACCGCUCUCAGCUCGCGCGGGUACGGUUGUGUGACUGCGAGACGUGGCGCGCGCAGAAACGGACAGCGGACUCGAGCUUGAGUUAAAAGUUCGUUGGAAGGGCGGAUAAUCACGGGCCGACAGCCGCUCCAUACAAGGCAAGGUCGGGUGGGGAGCAGCGCUGAUCCAAUCAUUUGUGCUCCUGUGAAAAGCCCCGGAACCGAGCGACGCAACGCGUUUUGUUUUCUGUGAUUUCUUUUUUUUUUUUUUUUUUUUUUUUUGGACAAUUGAGAUGUUUCAGUAGAAACUCGCUUAUUUGUUUUGGUUAGCUUUUAGUUUUGUUUGUUUGUUUUUACUUUGGAGAUGAGUGCGUCAGUAAAUGGAGUGAAUCCCAAACCGGGACCAACGGUCAGUCAGAAUGGACCCGGUCCGGUUUCGAAACCAGGAGAUGUAAAAACACCCGAGCCGGUGUUACCGGAGGAAGAGCCGCAGUCUUCGGUGACGGACGCCACGCAGAUGGGAAUUAAGUUCGCCAAGACAUUCCUGCUUAUUUUUCCCAUUUACGUGCUGGGAUAUCUGGAGUUCAGCUUUAGCUGGAUCCUCAUCGUCCUCGCCGUGCUUUUUUGGCUUAAACGGAACCAGGGCAGCAGAUUCGCUCGGGUGAACCAGGCGCUGGCGUUCCUGGAGCAGGAGGACCGAGUGAUUAGUCAGGCUUCUCAGAGAUCAGAGCUGCCGCCGUGGGUUCAUUUUCCAGAUGUGGAGAGAGUGGAGUGGCUCAACAAGACAGUACAGCAGAUGUGGCCGUAUAUUUGUCAGUUUGUAGAUAAACUCUUCAGAGAGACCAUUGAACCAGCUGUGCAGGGAGCCAAUGCACACCUCAGUACUUUCACCUUCUCCAAGAUAGACAUGGGGGACAAGCCCCUCAGGGUGGAUGGAGUGAAAGUUUAUACAGAAAAUGUAGAUAAACGACAGAUUAUUAUGGAUCUACAGAUCAGUUUUGUUGGAAACACAGAAAUUGAUGUGGACAUCAAACGAUAUUACUGCCGUGCAGGAAUCAAGAGCAUUCAGCUUAAUGGGGUGUUAAGGGUCAUCAUGGAGCCAUUGCUAGGAGACAUGCCUCUUGUUGGAGCACUGUCUAUAUUCUUCCUCAAGAAACCGUUGCUGGAUAUAAACUGGACUGGUCUUACAAACAUGCUGGACAUCCCAGGAAUAAAUGGCUUGUGUGACAGUAUCAUUCAGGAUAUCAUCUACAGUUAUCUGGUGUUGCCAAACAAAAUCACUAUUCCACUAGUAGAAGAUGCACUGAUUGCUAAACUCCGCUUUCCUAUGCCCCAGGGCAUUCUGCGGAUUCACUUCCUAGAGGCACAGGACUUGGUAGGAAAGGACAAAUUUCUGGGUGGUUUGAUAAAAGGGAAGUCUGACCCAUAUGGCGUUGUUCAGCUUGGUAACCAGCUCUUCCGAUCUAAAGUCAUCAAAGAGUCAGUAAACCCUAAAUGGAAUGAAGUAUAUGAGGCAUUUGUAUAUGAUCACCCAGGACAGAAUCUGUCGAUAGAGUUGUUUGAUGAGGACCCAGAUAAGGAUGAUUUUUUGGGAGGCAUUACAAUCAACGUCGAUGAACUGCAAAAGGAAAAGAAAGUAGAUGAGUGGUUUGUUCUUGAUGAUGUUGCUACAGGCAAGCUUCACCUGAAAAUUGAAUGGCUUUCUCUGCUCCCUACACCUGAUAAACUCGACGAGGUUUUAAGCAGCAUUAAAGCAGAUAAGGGGCAAGCAAAUGACGGAUUGUCAUCAGCUUUAUUACUGGUGCACCUGGACUCAGCCAAAAACCUGCCACGCAAUCCUUUAGAAUUCAACUAUGCAGGUCCGAAGAAGGGUAAAGCCAGUAAAGCGACAAAGUCCGGUAAGAAGGUCACCAGUGAUCCCAGUCCAUUGGUCCAGUUUACUGUGGGACACAAAUCCUAUGAGAGCAAGACACGAUUUAAAACCAUCGAGCCGGUUUGGGAGGAGGCCUUCACAUUCCUGAUUCACAAUCCAAAGAGUCAAGAACUUGAAGUGGAGGUGAAGGAUGAGAAACACGAGUGUUCUCUGGGGAUGUUUUCUCUUCCUCUGUCUAAGCUGCUGCAGGAGGAUCAGAUGACGAUCAGCCAGAGAUUCCCCCUCAAGAACUCGGGACCAAAUGCUACACUUAAAAUGAAGAUGGCCCUUAGGGUGCUCUGUUUGGAGAAGUUGGCUGUAUCGGAUCAGCCCUCUUCAGUCCAGAUCCGCCGUCCCAGCGCAAGUGUUGGCCCCAACCCCUCCCCUCAGCAGAAACCUACUGUUUCAGAGCCCACCUCGACACCCAGAGCCCAGCCGACGCCAGCACCCAUAACCCAGCCCACCCCAACAUCCUCCCCACGGGUGGAGCCAUUAACAGACAACACGCCAUUGGAGGAUUUGCCUUCCCGUCUGGCUAAAUCAGAGCGGAGUUUAUCUAACCUUGCCAUUUCUGGUUCUCAAAUUCACCUGAAUAAUAAAGAGCCAACACCCAGCAUAGCAUCCGAUAUCUCCAAUCCCAGCGCCACCCUGGAGCUCCAGAGAACUAUACAACAAUUACAGAAUGGUGCCUCACCUGGUUUCGCUGCAUUGGGUGAGAUUCAGCUAACCAUUAGGCACAGUCCCCAGAGAAACAGACUAAUUGUUGUGGUACACAGCUGCAGAAAUCUGAUCUCUUCCACUGGAAGUGGUUCUGAUCCAUAUGUCCGUUUGUAUUUGCUGCCUGAUAAGCGACGCUCUGGACGCAGAAAAACAAACACAAUAAAGAAAACUGUCAACCCGGUCUACGAUCAGACGUUUGAAUUCAGCGUAUCACUUGUGGAGUUACACAGAAGAACUCUUGAUGUGGCUGUAAAGAAUGGAGGAGGAAUCCUGUCAAAACACAGAGGCUUGCUUGGAAAGGUGUUGGUUGACUUGAACUCUGAGGAUUUAUCAAAAAACUCAACACAAUGGUAUGAGCUUACAGUGGACGGACUAAGGCGACAGUCUCCUUAAUCAAAGGACCCAUCUUCCUUCAGCCUACACAUAUUAAAAUAACUACAAAUCCCUUCACAAGUUCCAACCGUCAGUCAUGUAUAUAAGCCUUGUGUUUUAGAAUGUGGACACAAUUUGUACUGGUUGCAUAUUCCGUUAUCACUUUUAACAGAUUUACCGUACACAAGGAGAAAAAAUUAUAGGGAUGUUAUGUGCACUGACUAAGCUAGAGAGAAUGAGAGCAUGACAGAAGGAAAGACUGAGCAAAAGUUUAGAGAUUUUUAUACUUUAAAAAAAAAAAGGGAUACAGUUCAGCGACGUCUGUAGAAUUAGUUGUUUACACAUUAAAACUUCUUAAAUGGCAAACUCUAAAAGCAUCCACUAUUCAAACAGUGAUGGUGGAGAUAUUAUAUCAUAUAUAUAAUGGAGCUCAGACUGUAAAUAAAUAUACAUUAAAUAUUAGUAAGAAAAUAAAGUAUUUGGAAAAGUUUAAUAAAUCUUAACCUUAAGAGUUCUUGUUAAAAAUACUGAACUCACGCUUGCUUUUGAAUGAAAAGUGUUAUAAUGUAAUUAAUAUCUACGUGUGCUCCUUUCAGGAGUCAAAUCUACCAAAGAAGUGCAUGGCUCAUUUUAAAGUGCAAAUGUGUGAUUUAACCAAAUAUGCACCUAAAUGUGUUGGUAUAUAUGUAUGCGUGUAUAUAUUCUCUGGUGUGGUUUAGCAGGGCUGGUGUCAGCAUCCACCAUCACAGAACUAACUGUCAGUGCUCGAACAUGCACGGGCAGCUACAGUGUCACGUGACCCUGGGUGUGUUGUAUGUCAUUCUCAGUGUGAUAUCAAAUGCUGCCAUAUCUCUGGAUGUUGAUUUGCUUUUCUAUAGCACUCGGUCACAUUACUGCUUUUCUAAAACCACUUGCACACCUCACACACUACCACAGCAGCUGUCCUUCCAUGAUCAUUUGUGUCCCGGAGUUUUAUAAAAGCAUGUCUUGUGUGUGUGGUCUGACCUUAAGUGAAGGUUGUGGUUUAGUCUCCUGCACUGUCAAUGAGUUGAGCUUAUUGUAUGCAGAUGAUCUAACCUUGAACUGAUCUGACUUUCUGUCAGCAAGAAUGUUUUAUUAUAUAUAAAUUAUUGUGUAUAUUAUGACAGAUUUUAUGAUGCUUAUUAUUAUGAUUUAUACUUAUCACAAGUAACAAAAGUAUGCAGUCAGAGGACCCCUCUGCUGAGCUUGCCUUAUUCAAGUGUAUAGGAUUCCUGUGCCUUAUGACCAACAAUAUACUUAUAUGUGAGUAUAUUUGUCAUCAGAUAGAGGAUUGUAAAGUCUCUGUUUCUGAUGUCCAAGUUUUUGUUUCAAUAAACAUUUUAUUCCGUACCAGUAA